CUUUCUUAUUUAUUAGAGUUCAUGGGUAGUGUAAAACCAAUGUGAAAUACUCAUCUGGAAGAACUUAAAAAAUAAAUUUAUACUAUAGUUUCUAAGUAUUUUUAUGGUACCUUGUACUAAAUAAAAAUUUUUAUUAAAUGUAUGUGGUUCCUUUUUAAAUUUCGACGUUAGGCUUUUUGUUUAGAGAUGGAUAAAAAGUCAUACUGGAACGAUAUUAUAAUAGCAUUUCCAAUAUUGUCCAAAGACGAACAGCAUUUUGAACAAUGUGAUGAUGAACAAUUUGUUGUCAUAAAAAAUAUUAUUGUGGAGAAUAAACUAAUAAGUUUUGUUCAUGGAAUGGUCAUGAAUAAAAUCAAACAAGACUUAAUGGCAAAGGUUAAUGAAUUUUGGCUGUAUUUUAUGCCUAAUAAUGUGGUUGAGUUAAGUGGUCUUAAAACUCAAGAACAAAUUUUUGAAGAUUAUAUUGGUUUUGAAAAAUUUAAAACUGCAAUUGAUGAGUUAUUUAAUUUAGCUCAAUCAUAUGUUGAUACCAUAAAUCGUCUUCAGAUGCUAUUUGAAAAUAAUAAUAGAAUAAAUUUGUUAAAAAAUUUAAAUGCCCAAAUUUGUGCGUUAUUACAUUCUCAGCUUCCUAGUGAUUAUAAUUCAAUCAUUUAUCAAUUUUACAGAGCUGCUCUAAAAGUAUUUAGUAAAGAUGACAUUGUCGGAGAUAAAAAAAAUACUUCUAAAGAAGGAGCUUCAUGUUGCAAUGGUUGCAAUUUUGAAAUAGUUGAUUGUAAAUGUGAUUACAUUUUAGAAUCUUUCCAUUUAACCAACUGGCAAUUGAUAACUAUUGGUAUUUUAGAGCCAUUGGCAGGUGAUGUAAUCAUAGAUUUAAUUCAUCAAAAAAUUGAAACCGAAGUUCUAGAAAUAACUAAAGAAAAUUUUGGAGAACAUCAAGUAUCAACUUUAGAAAAAUGGAUUGAUACAAAUGUUUAUGAUUGGAUGAAAUAUAUAUAUAAACCAAAGUGUAGUACAACUUUAAAUUUAGAAGAUACUAAUAUAGAAGUAUUUAUGAAAAAGCUAAAACAUCUACUUUAUGAAUCGUAUACUAGAACAAGAAUUGAUCAAUUAUUUAACAUUAUAAUUGAAUAUCCUGAUUCUGAACCGGCUGUUAUUGAUUUAUCAUUCACUCUUCAUAAGACUAAUUUGAAAUCAGAACUUUGUAAAAAAUUACAAAAUGCUCUACAUAGUAGAUUACUGCAUCCAGCUGUGAAUACAAUUGACAUUAUAACAGCUUACACUGCUGCAAUUAAAGUACUAAGAAAAAUUGAUCCUUGUGGGGCACUAUUGCAAGAAGUUACACAACCUAUACGAGCAUAUUUGAGGAGUCGUAAGGAUACUGUUCGUUGUGUAAUGACCACUCUUACUGAAGAAGGUCAUUACUUAACUGAUGAAUUGGUAAGAAAUGAAAAUGUAUUAGAUGAAGACGAUAUUUAUGAAGAAGAAAAUAUGACGGAUUGGACUAAAUGGAUGCCAGAUCCAGUAGAUGCUAACCCAUCUAAAUCAUCCAAACGUUUUCGUAAUUCUGAUACUGUAUCAAUGCUUGUUGAUAUUUAUGGUACCCGAGAAUUGUUUGUUAAUGAAUAUAGAGCUUUAUUAGCAGACCGUCUUCUUACACAAUUUAUGGAUAAUAUUGGUGAUGAGAUCAGAUAUCUAGAGUUAUUAAAAUUAAGAUUUGGAGAUUCAUUGUUACAUUCCUGUUCUGUUAUGCUAAAAGAUGUUUAUGACUCAAAACGCAUAAAUCAUCAUUUAUAUUCUGAUCCAACUUCAAAUUUAUCAUCAAAUAAUUUAAAUAAUGAACUAGAAUUUCCAGUUAGAGCAAUUAUUGUAUCUAAUCAAUUCUGGCCUAACUUCAAGGACAAUUUUAAUGUAGAAUUACCUCCAGUUAUUCAAAAGCAUUUGGAUAAUUAUACAAAGGCUUUUGAAUCAUUUAAAGGUAAUCGAACUUUAAAUUGGAAGCCUAAUCUUGGAAUAAUAAAUAUAGAUUUACAAUUAAGAGAUAAGAUACUAAAUUUUACUGUUUCACCAAUUCAUGCUACUAUUAUAUGGCAUUUUCAAGAGCAAGAGGAAUGGACUAUUAAUGAUCUAAGUAUAAAAAUGUGUGUACCAGCAACAACAUUAAGACGUCGUAUUGGAUUUUGGCAAAAUCAAGGUUUGUUAAGAGAGAAAUCCUUUGAUAAAUUUAUUUUUGUGGAAGAUGGUAUUCCAACUACAAGCUUAUCAGGGAAAGGUAAUAGAAAUAGUGUUGUGAGUCGUAAUUCUGAAUUUGUAUAUGGAGAUGAUGAUGAUGAAAUGGAAAGUGCUGUGGCAUCUGCUCAAGAUCAAAGAGAAGAAGAAUUGCAGGUGUUUUGGUCAUAUAUUGUGGGCAUGUUAACGAAUCUUGAUUCAUUGCCAUUAGAUAGAAUUCAUCAAAUGUUAAAGAUGUUUGCUACUCAAGGAACUGGUGUAGAUUGCAGUCUGACACAGCUUCGUCUUUUCCUUGAUGAAAAAGUUAAACAACAUCUUUUAAUAUUUACUGGUGGUCGUUAUAAACUUGCUAAAUAAUUAAAUUGUUCAACUAACUUGAAUACAA